CGCCUAUUCAAACUGUGGGCAUCCGGGGAGCGGGCAGUGAGUGCUCGGGGCGCGGUGUGGAGAGUGAAAGACACUUUUGGAGACUGAUAGGCUGGAAGUCAAACGAACAUCCAGAGCAGACCUUAGGUUCUUCGACAGCCUUCUUUGGAAAUAACUCGCUGCCAUGAUGUCAGUGCCCACGGCACACAGUGGAAAUAACGGUGAUGUCCUCUGCACUCCUCCUUCUCAAAAGGGCCGAUCUGAGAACGACCUCAGCAUCAGGAGCAGCCCGAAGCUGCGGGCGAAGUCAGACGUGUCCGAGCCUGAGAACGAUGACCCGUUGCUGGGCUCUGCCAGGAGACGCAGAGACAUAAACUGCACCUACUUUCUCUCUCCCUGUGAAAGGCCCGGGGACUCGGCCCUCACCCCUCGCCCUGCUGGCCGACUGGCCCUUCAGAGGAGAGUCACAAGGAGCAAAGAGUCCUCGCUGCUCGGGAGUGAGGCGGGAGAGUCACCUGAGAAAGCGGCAGAAAUGCGCCUCACGCUGCAGCGGCGCGCUCGGCCCGGCUCCACGGCCCGGCGGACAGCGGUGCGUGCGGAGGGAGGCGCUCUGUGGGACACCACUGCAGGCGGAACGGCGGUCAGUGCGGGUGCCGGCUCACUCCCUGUGCCCUCGGCGCCCUCGGCCGCAGGCAUGAAAGACACUGAGCCGGUGGCCAGUGAAAAAGACAAGGAAAGGCUUUCCGCCCUCAGCGGGGCAGACGAGAGCGAGACACUGACACUGAAGUGCCUGAGCCACAGCACACCCGUCCGUCCCGGGGUCGGUCCUGGGAGUCAGACUGAAGUCGCGCGAUCAGGACACUUGGCCACGAAACCCGUGCAGAGCAAGCAGGACAUUGGGGUGUCGGGACCGGGAAACUGGUGUCAUAGAAGCACUGGGAAGGACAUUGUGAAAAACACAAGUGAAUUUGCAAGCUUAGAAAAAAGGACACCCACCCAGUGUCCCAAGGAACCCAGGCUGACCCCACGGGGGGGCACGUCGCAGCUGAAGAGGCCGGCUGCAGCCACCCCGAAAGUCGGCACGCCCGGCAUCCGAGUCCGGCCAAAGCUGAAAGGCUCUCGUCUCGAAAACAAGGGGGAAAGGCCCCCAGAACAUACACUUCCUCCCCAGGAGGAAAGCGCGGGGCGGGGCGGCCCUGCAGAGAGAGACCCCUUAAAGGUGGAGAGCAGCCAGGUGACAGUGGCCGUGCGUGUGAGGCCUUUCAGCAAGAGGGAGAGGGACGAGGACGCAGCCCAGGUGGUCUUCGUGAACGGGGAGGAGAUAGCCGUGCGACACCCUGACACUAGGCACGUGUACACCUUCGUUUACGACGUCUCCUUCUGGUCCUUUGACGAGGGUCACCCGUGCUAUGCCGGCCAAGACGCGGUGUACGGAACCCUGGCGGCCCCCCUCCUGGCCCGCGCACUGGAGGGUUACAAUGCCUGCCUCUUCGCCUACGGGCAGACCGGCUCGGGGAAGUCCUACACGAUGAUGGGGUUUGGUGAAGAACCAGGAAUAAUCCCAAGAUUCUGUGAAGACCUUUUUGCUCAAGUAGCCAAAACCCCAGAGGUUGGAUACCAAGUUGAAAUGAGCUUCUUUGAAGUUUACAAUGAGAAAAUCCAUGACCUUCUGGUUUGUACCGGUGAAAGUGGGCAGACAAAUCAACCGCUGCGUGUCAGGGAGCACCCUGUGUCCGGGCCGUAUGUUGAAGCUCUGACCGUGAAUGCCGUCAGCUCCUACUCUGAUGUCCAGGGCUGGCUGGAGCUGGGCAGCAAGCAGAGGGCCACGGCCGCCACAGGGAUGAACGACAAGAGCUCCCGGUCCCACGCGGUGCUCUCCCUGCUGAUGACCCGCACGCAGACGGAGUGUGUGGAUGGAGAGGAGCUCGAGCACAGGGUGACCAGCCGCGUCAACCUCGUGGACCUGGCGGGCAGCGAGCGCUGCGGCAAGGCCGGGACCUGCGGGCAGCAGCUCAGGGAAGGGGUGAGCAUCAACAAGUCCUUGCUGACUCUGGGCAAGGUGGUGUCUGCGCUCGCGGAACAUGGACGCCAGAAAGGGGUGUUUGUCCCCUACCGUGAGUCGGUGCUCACAUGGCUGUUGAAGGAGAGCCUGGGCGGCAAUUCGAAGACGGCCAUGGUGGCCACGGUCAGCCCGGCCGCCGGCAGCGUGGAGGAGACCCUGAGCACGCUGCGCUACGCGCACCAGGCCCGCAGCAUCGUCAACGUGGCGCGCGUGAACGAGGACGCCAGCGCGCGGCUCAUCCGAGACUUGAAAGCAGAAAUUGAAAAGCUGAAAGAGGCUCAAAGGUGCCAUCAGAACAUCGACCCGGAACGAUACCGGCUCUGUCGGCAAGAAAUAACUGCGCUGAGAAUGCAGCUACACCGGCAGGAGCGGGACAUGGCCUGUAUGCAGAGAGCGUGGAAAGAAAAAUUUGAGGAAGCGGAAAAAAGAAAACAUCAGGAAAUGGAGGAGUUACAGAAAGCAGGCAUCGCCUUCCACAUGGACGCCAACUCGCCAAGCCUGGUCAACCUCAGUGCAGACCCCCAGCUGUCGGGGACACUGUUCUAUGUGAUAAAAGAAGGCACCACCACCGUGGGCAAGUGUGGCCCCACCUCCAGCCCGGUCAUCCGUCUGUCUGGGGUGCUGGUGGCCGAGGACCACUGCACCAUCCGGCGCGUCGGCGGGGCCGUGAGCCUCAUCCCGGUCGGGGAGGCCAAGACCUACGUGAACGGCAGGCUGGUUUCGGAGCCCACGGAGCUGCACCACGGCGACCGCGUGGUGCUCGGGGGAGACCACUACUUCAGGUUCAACCACCCAGCAGAGGUCCAGGCAGGCAAGAGGCCGGCCAGGGCAGACACCCCGACACGCGAGGGCCCGGAGGACUUUGAAUUUGCCAAGAAUGAGCUGCUCGCGGCCCAGAGAACGCAGCUGGAGGCGGAGGUGAGGGAAGCGCAGCUGCGGGCCAGGCAAGAGCUGCUGCGCGGCGCCCAGAUCGCCCAGGAGGUGGCCGAGCGGGAGCUGGCCCAGCAGCGGGCCGCCUACGAGCACCGGAUCGAGGCCCUGGAGGCGCAGCUGAAAGAAGAGUCCCAGCAGAAGGAAAUGCAGGCGAUAAGUAACCAGAAAGCCACCCACAGAAUCGAGGAGCUGGAGCAGGCGAAGCAGCGUCUGGAGCAGGAGGUGCAUGUCAGCAGGAAGCGGCUGGAGGCGGAGAGUCUGGCGGUCAAGCAGGCUCUGGAAGACCACAGCGUCCGCCACACGAGGAUCCUGGAAGCCCUGGAGGCCGAGAAGCAGAAGCUCUCCGAGGAAGUGCAGGCGCUGCAGCGCGGGCAGGGCACCGGCGACGGGACCCCCUCAGCACAGCCCGGCUGGGGCGCCCUGAAGCUGUCCCUGAUGCUGCAGGAGGCCAACGCCAUCAGCCGCAGGCUCCACGGGCAGUUCGAGUUCGGCAGACAGGAGCCUCCGGGCGGAGGCUGCGGCGCUGAGUCCCGGGUCCGAGUGCGGAACCUGCGGCUCGGCGUCUCCACUGUCUGGAGCCUGGAGAAGUUCGAAUCGAAGCUCGCCGCGAUGAAGGAACUUUGUGAGCGUGGCAGCCAGAGCGAGGACCUCUUCUGCGACCCCGAGGACGAGUGGGAGGCUGAUCUGGCGGGGGUCCCCGACUCCUCGCUGUCUAGAAGGAGGAGCAGGAGCUUGGCGCGGACCAGGAGGGUCUCUGGCUUCCUGCACGGCGUCCAGGCUCCGUCCGCUCGGGAGUCCCCUCCCUCCGGUGCUCCAGGCUCGACGGGGGAGCCAGGCUGCAUGUGCUCCGGUUCCUGGGGGCCCCGCCUCCUCGGAAUCUGCAGAGACACGAUCCGCUCGUCACUGGCUGUUCUCGGGCAGAGUCACGAAGACCGGACGGUGGCCGACAGCCUGAUGCGCGACCUCCUCGAAGUCCAUCGCGGGGUGCUCGCUGUGUCCCAGGCUCACGCGGACCAGGACGAGGACAGCCAGGACGACUUGUUCUCUGACGGCGACGCCCAGACGCCGGUGGUCCAGGUCGCCCAUGCCUUCGGGCGGCUCGCCGUGCUCACCGCACACUGGCCAGGUGACGCCCCUCCGGGCCCCAGCACCACAAGGCUGGGGGACGAGCUGAGGCAGGAGGUGAGGAAGCUGGGCAGCUACUUACAGAUGUUUCUGCAGGGGUGCUACUCGGACCUCCCGUCGGUGGUGGAGGACGCUCAGAGGAGAGUCACCCGGGCCGUGCGACAGGCUGCGACUCGAGUGGGACAGCUGGCGGUUCUCAGCGGGAGUUACCUGCGCCUCCCGGGGGACAGCAGGGGCCCGGGCUCCGGCCUCCAGGAGGAUCUCGUGGGCACCGUCCGGGCCGGUGUUGGCGCGGGGCUGAGCCUGCUGUUCGGCGCGGGACUGGAGAAGGCGGAGGCGCUCCGGUGCCAGCUCCUGGGGCAGCGCCCAUGGGAUGAGGUCGCCCGGCAGAUGAGCGCCCGCGCCGCGGCCUUCACUGGGCAUCUUGGACGUGCCAUUGCUGAGUGGAAGACGGAGUGUUCCAGGAUUCAGGCACAGGGAGGUGGUUCUGGAUGCGAAGACUUGGAGAAGAUGGUCGCAUGCGCCUCUGAAUUUCUGAAGCUAGAGCGCAGCUUAGAGCAAACCGCCGAAGUGGUUCUUUCUGCCCUGAGAGGGCAUGGUGGCAAUGCGGACCUCCUCAGGACCUGCGUGGAGAGAGUCUGCAGCACGGCCCGGGACGUGGCUAGGGACAUGGGUGCUGCCUCUGUGGCCAGUUGCAGGGACCUGGAAUCCGAGGCCCUGUUGCUCCUCCUCUGCUUGGAGUCUGAAGAGAGACCUGCCUCGCGGGCACCCGGGGAGGCCCCUCAUAGGACUGGUGGAGCGGGGCAGCAGCUGUCCUCGGCUGGGGGGUCUGGCUCUAGUGGGCACAGGGGAGUCCCCAAGCGUGUCUUUGAGCUGCCCACCAGCGUCCCACGGAGCCCUCAGGGCCGCCUGCCCAGCAGGACCCAGUGGGUGUGAAAGGCGUGCAGGCUCCAGGAUGUGCCGUCUGCCUUCUCUCUGCAGGACAUGGUGCCGAGCAGGAAAUGGCUGGCAGGGCUUCCAGGGUGUCGGUCUGCUGCGGGCCUCCGCGGGGCUUGGGUGGUGGGUGCCAUGGGGACCUACUUUGGAUGCCGGGAUGCGCCCCCAGACGCUGUGGGAGAUGCUGUGGGAGACCCUGGCCAGGGAGUCACAACGGUGUCCGCAAACAGCGUGUGCUGGGUCUCGGGGUCUUGUGGCGGCGCAGCGCGGCCCUUUCUCAGUGUUGCGUCUGACGUCUGAGCUCGUCUCCCCCAGAAAUCUGUGUGCACUUGUCAUAGGUGGUCGCUCUGCCGAGUGGCCCUUGGGCUCUGAGUAUUAGGGCGCUCCCCGGAGGUUGUACCAGUCUGAGGGACCCGCUGGAGUGUCAGUGGGUGGGUCUCAUCUCCACGUCCGGUGUUUAUCUUCCCGUUACCCCUCCACAGUUCUUCCAGUCAGAAACCAUUUAGAGUCUUUGUACAAUGUGGCACAUUUACACUCCCGAGUGAACUGUUGUACCGUUCAUAAGUGUGUAAAAUAUAUUUUCUGCCAGAAUCACGUGUGCUAGUGUUAUAAAGAGAACACUUUUAACAAAUCUCGUCAGCUGCAUAACUGUCUCUUGGCCUAAGGUUUUCAUUGUAUUGAUUUUUUAAAAAUGUACUUUAUUCCUGACUCAAAAUUGCUGCAGUAGCUCUGCCUUGACAAGGUCUGCCCGAGUACUGCAGAUCAAACACACAGCUGGGAAACAGUAGUGUUAUUGGGACAGCUCCUUGGAUUCAGGAAAACAAAGCGUCCUGCCCCGUUUUCCUUGGUGCAUCUGGAAUAGAUCUGCCCACGUGGUUGCAGCAGAAAGCGCCGACGCUGACACCCGACACGCUUUCACCCAUUCGGAGGGCGGCCCCCAACUGGGCUGCUUAGCAGCAGGAGAGCCUCAGACACACAACUUGCUGUCUUCACGCCUUUCAUCUGCAGAGGCCAGCAACACUCACGUAGUGGACAGAGGCCAGCAGCAUCCAUGUGGUGGACAUCUGAGCUUUAGACGAGGGGAGCGCAGGAGGAAGCCCUGCCAAGUGGCAGAUGUUUGUGCGGACUCUGGGAAGAGACACACCUGGCCACGAGGGCUCCCAAUGGCUCACCCGGCCCAAGUGCAACAGCAGAGCCCAGCAGCCAUUGCUGCCCAGGGGCCUCUCAGUCCCCCUGCGCCUCAGGUAUCGGCCUGUGCUGAAUUGCUUGCCCGCCCUGUAUCCCUGCCACCUGAGGAGGCUGGGAAUGCUGUUUCAGCCAAUGGGACAAGCAUCCCCCAUCCACUCUGAGCUGCUCAGCUGUAUCCCCAUCAGCAUCUUUGCUGACCAGUCAGAGCAGCUCCAUUCCGACCAAUCAGGACAGUGCCUUUAGGACCAAUCAGACUGUGAGGAUUUGGGCUCAUUUGCAUGAGGACAGUCCAGUCAGGGACCAGGGUUGGGGACUUGUAUUUACAUAAACACCUCUGGCUCUGCAAGCCCACUUUCCAGAGAAGUCUGAACCCUGCUUUUCCCCAGGGGAAGCUGGGGACACAGGAUGUCCUGCUGAGACUGGAGGGGCCCCAGCCCAGGGCCGGCCCCCAGGUGUGUUGCUUCAUAAUGGAGCUGCUCCCAGCUGUGCCAAGUCUCAGCCGGGUGACAUUGGGGAAUAUCAUCCUUCUUGUCUCCAGCUGCAAACCCCUUGUCAUGGUGGGCACAGGGUCACACCUGGCCCACGCCGGUGCCACUUACAACAUUCUGCACGUGCCAGGUCUCACAGCUGCCCUUUCGAUGGGACGUAUUGGAAGGCAUCUGUCACCAUUCUGCCCUCGGACCACAAAGAGAGCCAGAUGUGAGGAAGGACAGCGUGCUAUGGGUGUGUGCUCCCUGGGGUCUGCCCGAAACGCAGAGCAGAAAGCUGGGCGGGCUAUUGCGAGGUCACGUUGCAAGUCUGCUGGGCAGCGUUUCUGUGUCACUGUGUAUCUGUCUGAGUGUUUCCCUGCAAACAACAGCGCCCCUGUGUGGGCCCACCCUCCACUGCCGGUUAACCGGCCAGCGUGCUUCAGUCUGCGGGGCCUGCCGGUCACCAUUCCGAGGUUUCACCUAACUGUGGAAAGGAAAGAUUCCUUUGUCACGAGUUGGGAGGCGGUCCGCAGUGCGGUUCAGUUAAAAGAAGGCUGACCUUGCAAACAGACCCAAAGGGCACUGCAGAGAAAAAGGAGAGCCUUUAUUCGGGUGGCGCUUUGCCAAGUGGGGCGAAGGGGCUGCUGGUGGAGACCAGCAGUGUGCUCCCCGAGAGGAAGAGGGGGCAGCUGCCCGCCUAACAUUCACUCCCAGGUUCCCAAUGACGUCUGUGUUUUGCAUAUGAGAUUUCCAAAUUAAAUCCUACAGUUCCAUUGGGUUGGGACAAAUGCAAAUGAGGAUGUCCUGGUGCAGUUCUGAUUAGACCUGGCCGGUCACAGUCCCUUGGUGACAACCUGAAACCCGGAGCUCCCUUGUAAGAGUCAGAGGGCCGCAACCCAGGGAAGGGGGAGGCUGAGAGCUCACCUGUGGCUUUUCCAGAAACACAGGCCGGAAAGGCAGCCCGCGGAAUGCCCACCCUGACUCUGGAUUCUGGGGAUGAAUGUGACCACCUCGCUUGGCCUCCGGAACAGGCCUCCGGCAGGCCCUGGCUCUCAGGUGGGUCUGUGCCCAGGGUCCAGAUGGCACUGAUAUGGGAAGCUUUGGAAAACCUUUGUCCACCCAAACCCCAAGCACCCUGGGAGAGCGAUAAGGCCGUCUGGGAAAAGCAAACAGCAGGAUAGUCACAAGAGCUAGGACUAGCACCCGCGCAGUUAGAACUGAUUUUCACAUUUAGCCUUUGUACUCUGCUUCUGCCCCGUAGCUAGAACUAAUUUCCACAUUCCGCCUCUGUAUCCUGCUCUGCUAUGUAGACAAGAAGACCCUGUAGACUAUAUAAACCCCAAGAAUCUUUUGUUCGGGGCUCAGAAUUUGGAGACUGACUCCUCUGAGCUCGUGCACAUUAAUAAA